AUGGAGGCCUCUAGUCUUGAGUCUGGACUCAGGCAUUUGAGUAGUGCUGGGAACACCCUAAACGUAUACGAGCUGACUUCGCUUCAGGUAGCCCUCUUCACGCUGCAAGAAAAAGAGGGAAAGGGGAAGGCAUUCUUCUGGGGGAGGAUCAACGGCGGUAUCGAUGACUACUACAUUGCAUAUAUGCUCGAGGAUAGUGAUUAUAUAUUUCCCAAGAAGAAGAUGUUUUGGAGCACUGGCCGCUUUGAAUUCCGACCAUUGCCGGAAUGCAACCGCACUGGUGACAGGUACAAAUGCCAUUAUAAAACUGCUUUAUGUACGUCAAACGCAGAGGAGAGUAAACGACUUUUCCGUUCUCCUCAAAGCGAUGAAGAAGAGGGAGGCGAUGAAGACAAAGAACAAGAUAUAGCUGAGACCCUUUACCUAUCCAGUUUGGUGAAACGCAUCGACUUCGCUACUGCAGCGGUCCCUCGAGGAGCCCAUCGCCUUCAUGGCAGCAAAGUCAUCCCAGCCCCUGAAUUCAAGGGACUCACCUUUGAAGAAGCAGAGAACUUGUCUUCUUGGGUCCACUUUAGACCUGCUGAGGAUCUUGAGGCGCUGAGAGCACAAAUAUCCAAAGACUACCAGUUCACUACAGAGUUCUUACAAUCUUUGCAAGCAGAUGUGCCCAGAGGUUCUUGGGCCACGCGGUUCGACCCAGUUAGCAACUGCGUUACUGUGAGAAGCCUACUGUGGCCCGGAUAUAUAGCAUAUAGCAUUGUAAAUACCAAGGAAUUUGGAGGUGUAUAUUUCGGCGGAGGAGAGGAGGCUGCAGAAUUACCAUUUUUGCUGUAG